UAUGUUCAGACUGUCUGCGCGCCUUCCAUCGGCGUGGAUGAUGCCGGAGAGCUGUCCCUGUUAUUGUGACAUGUGAUGUGCUGGUGAUGGUCGUUGACACGCUGAUGUGGUGCUGAAUGAUUAGAAGAACUGAAAGGCGACAGAGAGGGAUUUUACUCAAAACUGAUUCGGCCGUCUGGAGAUGAGUGCGGGGCUCAGGAUGUUGCCUGCAUGAUGCCACCACGGGUUUAGGCCCUCCCUAAUCCUGUUGUGAUGACACAGAGGAUCUCCCUCAGUUCCCCAAACACCCCAGCACUGCACAUUUGGCUCCUUGACUCAUACAGCUCAUCCUCUGCAGCUAUCAGCCAGUGAUCAGUUCUAACCCACUCUCUUUAUUUAGGCUUUCCUUUUCUAGACUGGCAUCAGAGCGGGAUUACACACUGAUUUGAUGUUGAAUUCUGGUACACAAACUCAAUCUACUGUGGACCUCUUACCUCCUGACGGUCUGUUGGUUGCGAGCCACCACCAGUUUCAACAUCACAUCCUUUCUUUAUUCAGCUUGUCUACAGUAGCAGGAAAACUUUUUAAUAUCUGCAGCACAGAAAGAACUGAUGUUUAUUGAGACUGAAAAACUCAGGAGGGCACUGGCUGUAGACUCUCCCUGUCUUUGUUACCUGGUCUGAGCUGUCUACUCUGAGCACCCUGCUCUCUGAAUGCUGCCAUGCCCAUCAUCAGCAACGCCAACCAUGAUUUCAGCAAUCUGUCCGUCAGUGAUGACAGCAGUCUUGACCGCAUAUUCACUGAGAUCCCCGAGACUGAGACUAUCAAGGGUGUGUACUACCAAAGAGCUCAGUUCAUUCGUCGGCCAGAGGACCUGUUGUCCAUUGACCAUGCCUCUUUGGCAGUGAUCAAUGUCGGGGGAAACCGCUACACCUUCCCGUGGAGCACACUGGAGCAAUUUCCCCUCACAAGACUUGGCCGCCUCUGCGGCUGCAGGUCGCCUGAGGACAUUGCCAGCAUCUGUGAUGACUACGAUGAAGCCCGCAAGGAGUUCUUCUUUGACCGCUCGCCAUCCGCCUUUAGGGUUAUCCUCAACUUCUUGGCUGCAGGGAAACUCCGGCUGCUACGGGAGAUGUGCGUUCUCUCCCUGCAUGAUGAGCUCACCUACUGGGGUGUGGAGAUGGCAUACAUGGAGCGCUGCUGCAAGAGGAAGAUGUACACACGCAUCGAAGAAGUGCAUGAGAAAGAGAGACGUAGGGAGGAGCGCAGGCAGAAAAACGCCAUGCAGCGGGUGACAGUGGAGGAAACACAGUAUCGAAAAGUCAUGAACUGGCUAAGAGAUAUGGUAGAGAAUCCGCAGUCGGGCUUACCAGGGAAGAUCUUUGCCUGCCUGUCGGUGAUCAUGGUUGCUGUGACUGUCGUCAGUUUGUGUAUCAGCACCAUGCCAGACCUCAGAGAGGAAGAGGACAGGGGCGAGUGUUCCUCUAAGUGCUACAACAUGUUCAUCAUAGAGACAGUAUGUGUGGCCUGGUUCUCCCUCGAGUUCAUCCUGCGGUUCAUUCAGGCUCAGAGUAAGCUGGACUUUCUCCGCGGGCCACUCAACAUCAUCGACGCUAUGGCCAUCCUGCCCUACUAUGUUUCCCUGGUGGUGACAGAGAAGGACCCAAACCUGGAGCACGAGAGGCCAGGAGGAGGUAAGGGCUACUUGGACAAGCUAGGUCUGGUGUUGAGGAUCCUGCGAGCACUGAGAAUUCUUUAUGUGAUGAGGCUCGCUCGCCACUCUCUCGGCCUGCAGACACUGGGGCUGACGGUGCGGCGCAGCACCCGGGAGUUUGGCCUUCUAUUGCUUUUUCUCUGUGUCGCCGUCACCCUCUUCUCCCCACUGGUCCACUUAGCUGAGAGUGAGCUCACAGGUACCCAAGACUUCACCAGCAUUCCCGCCUCAUACUGGUGGGCCAUUAUCUCCAUGACGACAGUGGGCUAUGGUGAUAUGGUGCCGAGGUCCAUUCCAGGACAGGUUGUAGCGCUGAGCAGCAUUCUCAGUGGCAUCCUCAUCAUGGCCUUCCCUGCUACUUCCAUCUUCCACAUGUUCUCCCGCUCCUACCAAGAGCUCAAGAUGGAGCAUGACCGAUUGUUCAAAGAGGAAUGCGUGGCUGCUGCUGCGGCUGCUGCUGCCGCCGGGGAGCUGCAGGAGGACGGAGGCCGGGAGGACUCAGCUCCACCUGGACUGGGAUUACGUCUAGAUAAGGAUACUGUGCACUCACUGGAUUCUCUGGCUCUGUUAGGGAAAGGAGAAGCUGCUGGAAAUAAUAAUCACAGCCUUCCAGCAGCAGCUUUCUGAACAGUAUUCGCAAAGACUGACUCUAUUCUAAACUUCUAAGAUAUGAUUCCAGUAAUACUGGUGCAGUAUACAAUGAAAGUACUGCAAACACUGUUUCUAAAAGGCCUCACUAUCCACACAGUUCUGCGGGCAUCUGCAUUGUUUGGAUAAAAAGAGAUUAAACAAGCAUUAAGCAUUUCUUUUGCUCUUCAAACACUUCAUAAGGAGUCAAAGUGUACACACUGAAAGACACAAAACCCUUUAAAUUGGCUGGUCCGUUUUGUCCGACCAGAAAGCCUCUGCAGCAAUCUAAAAAGCUGCCUCCAUAAACAUGCAAUAUUCAAUCCAAAGUUGCUUUUCCUUCCACUGUGAAAAUACCGACUGCAACUUUUAGUUUCAUUCUCAUUACUUUUUAAUAUGUUGCCUACAGUAUGAUUCAUACUGUAUACUAGCUUGAAGCCAUGUUCUAAAGAGAAGUCUCAACAAACUGAUUGUCCCAUAUGUGAUGUAGAUUCAUCUCUCUUGUGUAUAUUUCUAUGCUUGGAAGAAGUAAUGGCUUCUUCAUUCUCAAGUAUAAACUCCAGGUAAACUGUUAAGAAAUUGCGUAAUUAUUCAAAAUGUUUUUGAAUCAAUGAUGAAAUGAAAGGAUGGAGAGGGAAAAAAAAGUGUUUUUAUUUUAGUGAAGAAGAGUGUGAGUGAGAGAGAGAGAGUGAGCGCUAAA